CCGCGUGCGCCGUAAAACAGUCAUUAUGGCUUUUACGUCACUACUACUGACCGGAAGUGCUGAAAGAUGUCAAACCCAGACAAGCGAUUCUCUCAUCCAGCAAUAUUUAUAGAAUCAUUUUUUUAAAUACUGUACAUUUGCAAAAUUUUCGCUUAGCGCUAAAACUAUUGAACGUUUACUGAGACGCGGUGCGAGAAACUAAAACGUUAACCAUGGCAAAUCGCAUCGCUUUCCAGACUCAGUUAGCUUCCAUUAUGGAGGUGCUGGCAAACGCUGCCGUGGCUGAAAUAUGUAAGCUCGUAGACGACGACUACGCCGUUAUUAACCUGCAAAUGACUCAAUGCCAGCGUGAAAACAAAUCCCUGAAGAGAAAACUUCACAUCAUGGAGCUUAAGAUGGCACGAAGCCAUGCAGAGAGGAGAACUGGCUCUCUGAAUCGAGCUAACAGGGUUCAAGUGAACGCCGCUUUGUCAGAAAAAUACAGGAACCAAACAAACGUGUAUGAAGCCCCGUUUAACACAAGAAUGUGGAGAGGCGGAGGGACAGGCGCGACUGUUCAGCAGACGCCUGUUACAAACAAUAACAGUACGGCAGAAGAUCCUGUAAUUUCUGAAGUAGACACAGUACUGAUAAAGGAGGAGAUGUUUGAGGAAAACCAAACACAGCAGAGACUGUUCAUCAGCGAUGGAUUAACACAGACUCUACAGGCUAAAGAGGCAGAUUUAGGUGAUCCCAAAGAUGAUGAUCAGGUGUCUGGGAUGCAGCAACAUACUUUGGAGCAGCAAAUGGAAGAUGAAGAUGGAGAACCAGAAAAAUUGGUUCUAAAGGAGGAUCUGAACAACCAGUGGGAAGGAACCCAGAAACAAGAGCCCAUCAUUGUGCAUGAUGUGGAGUCAGAUACAGAAAUUUGUAGUGGGAGACUUUCUACCUCACCAAUACAAAGCACAGAGGCACUUGGAGCAGAAAGGCUUGUAGAUUCGGAUUUUUCCCAUUUGAGGGAAAACGGUCUCGACAGAAGCCAGGAGACUGACAUCUCGCCAUCAAUUGAACUGCAGAUACAGGAUGUUAUGGAAUGUAGUCCAAGUAGUUCCAAGCAGUACCGGUACCACCCAUCAGCUGUUGGACCCAGCAAAGCUGUAACGGGGGAAAAGGUAUUUUACACAAACUCGGGACACAAGGGUGCAGUGCAAAGCAGUACCUUACCCACAAACCAGCCUAUGCUUAGCAGAGAAAGCACGACCAGCAAUACAUCAGGAACAGAUUGCACGUUGUAUGAAAGACCUGCUGAACAAAGAGGUCGCCUCACGCGCUGGGCUCCCCAGACCUCUACCUCCUCCAUGCAUUCAUCCUGCUCAUACACAACAGACUCCAGCCAAGAUCAAGACUGUAUGCUGGUUCAAUCAGAACCUGUAUUGUCAGUCAGAGGUUCAAAGGUUGGACCACAGUCUACACGAACCCACGGGGUUAAAAGCGCAGAUGCGCCAGAGGGCUCCAUCAGGGAAAACGAAGCGUGGAAUCAAAGUUUUACUUUAAGGCAAGCCCAAACCGAACCAUCAGGCCACAUCAGUAGGCCAGAAGGAGUUCAGAUAGAAACUACAAGUACGACAAAUCCCUCAUAUUACACUAUGGGAGCCCAAAUGAUGUCUAGUUAUUCUCAGCCUGGUUUUUCUCUCGCUGGAAUGAAUCUCCAACAGCACAUAGAGAAAGGGAAACGAAAAGGCUACAUUUGUAAGUACUGUGGAAAGGCCUUUCCUGGAAUGUCCAAUGUCGUGGCCCACCAGCGGGUUCAUACAGGGGAGAGGCCCUUUAAGUGUGAUAUCUGUGGAAAGCUGUUCACAGAAGCAGGCAACCUUAAGAAACACCAAAGAGUUCACACGGGUGAAAAACCCUACACGUGUAACCGCUGCGGGAAACAGUUUGCCUGGAUCUGCAACCUUAAAACGCAUCAGCAGUCAGCCUGCUGUGGAGGAGUCUAAAGACACGCUGUAUCUGAUGGCAACGCAGAGCUUCCAACACAAUGCCUUUUUGCAAAUCCAGUGUUGUUCUGGAUCUAGUGCUAUGAUACUGUUAAUUAACUAUGUUGAUGGGCUAAAUCUAAAAUAAAAAUGAUUUAGUACCUGAUUUUAAAGGAAACAAGAAGUUCUACUGUGUCCAUGAACUGUAAUAUUAAAAAGGAUCAGCAGGUGGUGCCCGAUCACAAAUAAACGGAACGUACGUUCGUGUUUUUUA